AUGGCAUUUGUGGUCAAAUUUUCAUGUGCGAUUGUUACUAGGUUGCUAUUUAUUGUCAUCUCACUAAUCGGAGUUUGGAGAGUGAAAUUGGUUAAAGAUGACAAUAACUAUUGGUUUCUGACAUUCCUGUUUCUACCUCUCAUUCUCGAAAUGAUCAUAACUUUGAAAAUAAGAAAGGGAAAGGAUUAUAAAUGGUUCUCGCCAGCCAUCUUGCUUUUCCUGAUCAAUAUAAUUCCUUCCAUCUGGAUUUUGGAACUACAUCAUCAGGAGAACAAAUCUAGUUACCCUCAGUGCAAGAAAAUGGACUCAUGGGAAAAUGUGAAAAGCAUGAUUUCUCUGAACGAAACUGUGGAGAAUUUAACGGUUCAAACCUAUCUAAAGGUUCUUGACCAAAUCAUGUCCACGGUUUGCCCCAACGACUGGAUCCUGGCCCUCCAUCAGGUCCUGCUAAUCCUUCUCAUCGUAGGGAAGUGGCUCCUCCCACUGGGGAGCGGGGUCACGCGGAACGAACUCUCCCAGCUCCUGCUUAUCUUUGUUGGCACAGCAGCUGACAUAUUGGAGUUCACCAGUGAAACGCUGUCUGAUGUCAAGGAGAACAGCCCUCAACUGGUGUAUAUAAUCCUAGCGGUGUGGACCUGGAGCAUGUUACAGUUUCCUCUCCAUCUGGCUGUGGUGAACUCAAAGCCAGAAAGCGUGGGCAAGGGCCAAGGCGAUUCCUUCCUGACCAAGCACAGCAAAGACAUAUGGAGCAUCAUUGAGAGCCUGUUCAUCCAGGAUGGCCCAUUCCUCGUGGUCCGGCUGACCGUCAUGACCUACUUUGAUGUCUUCCACCAGAUGUUGGUGUUCUUUUCCGUUAAAAACUUCCUGGUGGUCAUCCUGAACUUCUAUUGGUUGGCCGUCAUAUGCCAGGACUACAGACCUGUAGUCAGGUCCAGAAGCAGCAGCAACAUCCCUUGA